AUGGUGGCCUCAUCUGAGAUUGAUGCGCAGAUCGGGAUCAUCCUGACGAUCGGCACCUCAAUAGGUGCCACGAUCGCGCCACUUCUUUUAGCCGCCAUGCCUGGCCAGUGGCCUCACCUGACUCGAGCAGUUUGGGGCAUAUCUGCCUACCAGAUACUGAAGCUCAUGGCAUGCGGUAGCUGCGCUCUUCUUCUGGUGCCUGCGGAAAUUCUGAGCCGGGGCAAACUCUUGGGCUUCACCUCUACUCUGGUGGACUCCAUGGCCUCCAUCCACCUCACGUAUAUCGACCCCUCGUCCUGGGUGGUCCAGCCGGUAGCUGAUCGCGUGGUGCGUGUUCAGGAAUGGCGACUCAAAGCCUACAUCUUAGGGCCACCGGCUGUUCUGCCAGCUACAGGCGUGUCCUGCAUCACUGGAGAUCUGCAUGAGCUUGCUGCAGCUGGAAAUGGCUGCACCUACUCAUGCCUACCCGAGCCAGUUCAACGCGCAUGGCACGCACUGAACCCAGGAUAUUACAGCCAGCUGAACAUUUGCGCUAAUGCUCUUAAUUCGACGGUUUGUGACGGUGACCACUCUUCAUGUUUGCUGUCUAGCACUACUUUCUGGAAGCUCAAUGUGGAGGAUGAAAGGAUUUUAGAAGAAGGCGGAGUGGUCUCAGGCUUGAUUUGCAGCUUAGUCUUCCUGUACAUAGCAUCCCGGCUUUUCCAGAUGGCGGACCUGCGAUGCUUGGGAAGAUGCCGCAUUGUACUGGAGAAGGCUUUGACAAUCCCUGGGCCAUUGGCGAGCUUUGGCAUCAUGCUCUUCUCCUUGUUGUUGAUGCAUGACAGCACCUCCAUCGUCUGCAUCCUCACUCCGUUAUGUGGAAUUGGAUAUUUGCCACCUGCAAAGAUGGUGUAUCUUUGCAUCGCAGCUGAAAUAGGCAGUGCCCUUGCACUCAUCGCGGCCUCCACGGGUGAGCUGCCAUACUCGAAGGGGAUUAUCCAGCUAGGAUGGGUUUGGCUCCUCUGCAGCAUCUUGACCAUGUUCUUCACAGCCCUGCCCUGCGUGCGCCGCGUGGCCCUCCAUUCUGGUCUGAUGUGUGCGGCUGCUGUCAACGAGUACUCCUUGGUGUAUUUCGUUCUCCUGUUGAGCCUCCCGCUGGCGCUGGCGGGAACGUUUGCCCUCUUGUCUCUAUGGGAUGCAUCUUCGGUGUUCACGAUCUGCAUCCUCCUGGUAGUGCUGCCCAUCCUGGUCUCGACGGCCGCCUGGUGCUUCUGGCGCUCGGAGUGGCUGCUACCUUAUGACGUCAGGGAGAAAGUGAGGGAGCAGUGCGAGUCUGCCCUGGAGGACACAGCUUCGACGCGGCCCGUGACCGAGGCGAGCCCAGCGGUGAGUCCCAGCUUCUUACCUAUGUCGCCAACAGUCAUCGUGCACCCUCCGGAACCAGCGAGCGCUGAGACGCAUCGUGCUGAGAGAACGCCCUCGCCGACGAGCAGCCCCAUCCCGAACCUGGAGAUGAUCUCCGAAGAUGAAGGGGCGCGCUUUCAUGGCCCUAGAAUUCCUACACCGAUGCCGGUGAUGCCCGUUGUUCCGCGCUCCAAUCGCCCGAGUCUUGGCAGCGACAGCAGCAUCAGCUCCUUUGACGUGAGGAGGAACCUCGCGCAGCACGGCGAUUUCUCUCCAUUCCCGUACGAUGUGACGACAAUGCCAGGAGGUCCGUCUUCCUCCCAGCGGACACCUGCACGUCCGGAGCUGCCAGACAUCGACCCUGAGCCACGCCAUCUCAGCGAGGGAGCCGGCCACGCCGGCCAUGGAUCUUACUCGGGCGAAGAUCUCGAAGCUGUCACCGACUCCCAAGGCGACAAGGGAUGCGGGCAGGGUUGA